CGCUGAGGAGGAGGCAGGGGCCGCGCGCCAGCUCCAGGGUCCCAGUUUCGUCGUAGGUCCGCCCCGCCCCCGCGCCACGACGGUGAAAGUCAGCAGCGGCAGCAUGAGCUGGUCACCUUCGCUGCCAACGCAGACUUGCGGGUCCUGGGAAAUGAAAGAGAGGCUGGGGACUGGGGGCUUUGGAAACGUCAUCCGCUGGCAAAACCAGGAAACAGGUGAGCAGAUUGCCAUCAAGCAGUGCCGGCAGGAGCUCAGCCCACGAAACCGGGAGCGUUGGUGCCUGGAAAUUCAGAUUAUGAGAAGGCUGAACCACCCCAAUGUGGUAGCUGCCCGUGAUGUCCCUGAGGGAAUGCAAAACUUGGCCCCCAAUGACUUGCCCCUGCUUGCCAUGGAGUACUGCCAAGGAGGAGAUCUCCGGAAGUACCUGAACCAGUUUGAGAACUGCUGUGGCCUACGAGAAGGAGCCAUCCUCACCCUGCUGAGUGACAUUGCGUCUGCACUUAGAUACCUUCAUGAAAACAGAAUCAUCCAUCGGGAUCUAAAACCAGAAAAUAUUGUUCUGCAGCAGGGAGAGCAAAGAUUAAUUCACAAAAUUAUUGACCUAGGAUAUGCCAAGGAACUGGAUCAGGGCAGUCUUUGUACUUCCUUUGUGGGGACCCUGCAGUACCUGGCCCCUGAGCUGCUGGAGCAGCAGAGGUACACAGUGACUGUAGACUACUGGAGCUUUGGCACCCUUGCCUUCGAGUGUAUCACUGGCUUCCGGCCUUUCCUCCCCAACUGGCAACCCGUGCAGUGGCAUUCAAAAGUCCGGCAGAAGAGUGAGGCAGAUAUUGUUGUUAGUGAAGACUUGAAUGGAACAGUGAAGUUCUCAAGCUCUUUACCUUACCCCAACAAUCUGAACAGUGUGCUGGCCAAGCGACUGGAGAAGUGGUUGCAGCUGAUGCUUAUGUGGCACCCCCGGCAAAGGGGCACAGACCCCCAGUAUGGGCCCAAUGGCUGCUUCCGGGCCCUGGAUGACAUCUUAAACCUGAAGCUGGUUCAUAUCUUGAACAUGGUCACAGGCACCAUUCAUACCUACCCAGUAACAGAAGAUGAGAGUCUGCAGAGCUUGAAGGCCAGAAUCCAGGAGGACACAGGAAUCCCAGAGAAGGAUCAGGAGCUGCUGCAGGAGGCAGGUCUGGCCUUGAUCCCUGACAGGCCUGCCACUCAGUGUAUUUCUGAUGGCAAGCCAAAUGAGGGCCACACUAUGGAUAUGGAUCUUGUCUUCCUCUUUGACAAUAGUAAAAUCACCUAUGAGACUCAGAUCUCCCCACGACCCCAGCCUGAAAGUGUCAGUUGCAUCCGAGCCCAAGAGGAACCUCCCUUUUUUCCAGCUGAGGAAAGUGUGGGGCCAGGUUUGGCACAGCAUCCAGACCCUGAAGGAAGACUGCAACCGGCUGCAGCAAGGACAGCGAGCUGCCAUGUACUGUGCCAGAUGAUGAAUCUCCUCCGGAAUAACAGCUGCCUCUCCAAAAUGAAGAAUUCCAUGGCCUCCAUGUCUCAGCAGCUCAAGGCCAAGUUGGAUUUUUUUAAAACCAGCAUCCAGAUCGACCUGGAGAAAUACAGUGAGCAGACUGAGUUUGGAAUCACAUCAGAUAAACUGCUGCUAGCCUGGAAGGACAUGGAACAGAAAGUGGAGUUGUGUGGGCGGGAGAACGAGGUGAAGUAUCUUGUAGAGCGGAUGAUGGCCCUUCAGACUGACAUCGUGGAUUUGCAGAGGAGCCCAAUGGGGCGCAAGCAGGGUGGCACCCUGGAUGACCUAGAGGAGCAAGCAAGAGAGCUCUACAGGAGACUAAGGGAAAAGCCAAGAGACCAGCGAAUAGAUGGUGACAGUCAGGAAAUGGUGCGGUUGCUACUUCAGGCCAUUCAAGGCUUCGAGAAGAAAGUGCGAGUGAUUUAUACACAGCUGAGUAAAACUGUGGUUUGCAAGCAGAAGGCCCUGGAGUUGCUGCCCAAGGUGGAAGAGGUGGUGAGUCUGAUGAAUGAGGAUGAGAAGACUGUUGUCCAACUCCAAGAGAAGCGGCAGAAGGAGCUCUGGAACCUCCUGAAGAUUGCAUGUAGCAAGGUCCGUGGUCCUGUCAGCGGAAGCCCAGACAGCAUGAACAUGUCUCGACUCAGCCACUGUUGUCAGCUGAUGUCCCAGCCUUCCACUCCCUCUGACAGUUUACCUGAGCCAGCCAAGAAAAGUGAUGAGCUCGUGGCUGAAGCGCAUUCCCUGUACUCCCAGCUGGAGAGCGCCAUGCAGGACACAGUGAAGGAGCAGGACCAGAGCCUCAUGGCUCUAGACUGGAGUUGGUUACACACAGAGGAUGAGGAACAGAAUACUCUGGAGCAGGCCUUGUGACUGGGGCUUCCACACUGGCCUGCGGCUCUCCCAUGAUGGCUCCUGCUACAGCGGUGUCCUGGCGCUCUUCAGCACCUGGAUAAAGGUCUCACUUCCCUGCAGCUGUGACUUUCUCCCUGGCUCAGAGUGCAGCCUUCUACAGGUGGUUCUGACUCUGUGUGUGCACACUGGAAGGCCUCCAUCAUAGCCUGUGUGUGUGUCAGUGCCAGGCACGAGUGAUCAGGGAAACUGAGCCUCCAUAGCUGCUUCCUCUGCUGUGAAUAAAGACCUCCAAUAUGGCUUGCUACGAGGACUUCCCUGGACAGAAGUCUGCCUUAAUAUUUCAGAAAUAAGCUGAGAUGGCAGCUGGUGCCAGCCUGUCCUCGCCUGUCCCCUCCUUAACUCCAGAGAGGCCUUGACCUGUCUGCCUCACUCAUCUGAUGGCUGGGGUUUCAUCUGGAUUCAGCUUCUGUUCAACAGAUGUUUUAAUCAUAGGUUUGGCCUGGCCACAUCCUUUCUUCCACUUCUCACUUAAUUGCAACUAAAAUUUUAUUUUUGCCUACCACAUUGGUAGUAAUCCUCUUUCAGCAGAGUUGUACAGUGAUACCAAGCUCUCUGCCGUCUGCAUCCAUUCAGCUAGACUGACUCACUAGAGUGGGCAAUGGAUCACCUAGGAGUCAGUUUUCACACAGAAGAGAAGAAGCAAAGUGCCUGUUAGUCACCAGCCUGCUGCUACUGCCCACUUCUGCCUAGUCAAACACUUCUGUGUGCCUGCAGUGGGAUGGGUGUUCCUGCCUCUCAUAUUGUCCAGCAGUAUUACUGGCUGUUUUUACAAGUAAUUUCUAUAUUUUUAAACAGAACUCAAGUGUUACUUAUGCAAGUUCCUACAGUCUAUUUUUAUAACUAUGGUUAGGGCUUCUAAACUCAGAAUUGAAAAAAAAACUUUAGAAUUCAACAAAAUGGGCAAUUUUGUAAAAUUGAAUAGUGAUCAGAUCUGUAACAGUGUAGUAGCACUACUUCCAUAAUUCACAGAACUUUAAAAACAUAUAGGCAAAGCAGGAAAACGAAACUAGUACAAAUGAUCACAAACAGAUAACAUUCCUAGAGAAGAAAGUUGGAGUAAAGGGUUUCACAAAGUGGCUUCCAUGGAGAUAGCAUGAAGCAAGUCCCUGGUGAAGUAAGUUUUGGAAUGCUGCCAGCUUUCACUACUUCUUGGAAGGUUAGCUGUACACUAGUAACCUACCUGAAAGGCUUAAAAUAAAAACGUGGCUUAAUUUAUAUAAAUCCACUGUUUUCUUAUAUCAUUUGGCCACAGAACUCUGUUGUCCCUUUAUUCCAAAGGAUCUGUUGUAGGCUGCUGAGUAGAAUUAUAGCCAGUAAGAUAGGGCUAGGCCCUUGAAGGAGCAAACUGUAAGGGAGACCUCAAGACAAAAACUGGAAUAAAUGCACCCCCAUACUUCCCUAAGGAUAAACAUAAUGGAUUCAUAUUCUAGGUCCCUAUUACCUUGAGAAAGCCAAGAAGAGUCACUAAUCCAAUGCCCUAUGGGAAAAGCCCCUAUUCUGUAUUCAUGCCCACCUGCUACAUGACUUACUUCCCUAUUUGACUCCAAUUUAAUCAAUUUUACCUGAGCAAUGAUAAUCUUAUUGGUUGACCAUAGUUUUGUCCUACCUCAUGCCCACAUUGUGAUUUCCCACUUUGCCCACCUUGGACUCGCCUGGCUUCAUGGAUUUAUGCUAUAAAAGUCCCUAGAAAAGGCAAGUUUCUUGGCAGCCAACUCAGAUCACCUUCUGUUGCUUAGAAGCUUGCUUUUCUCCAAUAAAUAUGUUUUGCUCUUAACCUCCAUUCUUCCUAGAAUUUAUUCUUGGAUUU